CUUGGUAGAGCCCCAAGGUUUCCCCAUAAAGAUUAUUUAGAGAUGUGCCAACUUGAUGUGUUGCUCUGGGUGCCAAACGUGAACAGGUUCCGGUCUGCUUAAAGGGGCGAGUGGUAUCCACUUGACCUGAAACAAAAUGUUUGUUUUUCCUCAAAACUCAAAUAGUAGGCCUACAAGUUACAGCAUUAGGCUUUUCUUGAUCAUAGACUCAAGUAUGCCUAGACCCUAACAACCCCAGAAAGUUACAAUGACCGAUUUCUUGCAUUUCAACCAUCCUUAGGUCUGAAUAAAGUGGGAUUCACCCCCCCUUGCAAAACUUGAACCUGGAAACGAUUGGCCAUUGGCACCUCCCUAUUUUCGAGUUUCUCUGGUUUUGUUGAAGGUUCCUCAGCAAACCCAGAAACCCAGGAGUUCUUUGAUAAACCCUUGAUUGUCACUGUAGAAGAAGGAAACUUUGAGUUCUUCACAGAAUGUUUGGUUUCUUUAGAGAUCUUCUACCAUUUCCUCUGCAGUCUUUUAGGUUCCCCUUGACUAAAGGUUCUUUGAGGAAUCUUUACAUUAUUGCAGUGUAGCUCACAGGUGCAUAUGUAUCAAGAUCGAGAUUUCAGGUUAUAGCUUGAUAAUUUAACAUGUCUGCUAUUGAUUUCAUUCAUCCAUUUUGUGAAAGAUUGGAUUCUAAUAUCAACAUGAAACUGAAAAAUAUGAUUUGCAAAUCUGUUUGAUGGCAAAUUUAAUCAGUUGUUGGGCACACACACGGGAAACUCGGCAAGGUUUUUACAUGUACUUUCUGUUCUAAGGGUUUUACUUUUUACACUUAGCCAACAUAGUACUCUGAGGUGGCACUAGCAGGCAGUUGUAUUGUAAGCCUGAAUGGGGUAUUCAUUCAGACUGCAAAUAUAGAGAAGUUCUGUUUGGGUUGGCACGGCAUCAUAUUCACCCAGGCCCUCUGACAUUGCAUAACCUCGGCGCCAUUAAAAAGUAACACAUCGGUUUUGACGUGUUCUCCAUGCUCGGCUGGUCUAUCAUAACAUGCCCGGGGCCCAAGGUCAACCUCUCCCCUGGACUUUUGAUCCCCGGCUGUCCUGGUAAAUACCCCUGUCCCUCUGGCCAUGUCCCUCACACUCCCACACAUCUCCCUCUCUGCUGCCUCUGACCACCACCAUCUUCUGAUCGGUCUCGCACUGUCCGUCUGUCUGGCGCCACCACCACCACCAUGACCACUUUCGACGACAUCCUGGAGGAGGCCGGCAAGUUCGGCCGCAGUCAGAAGCGCAUCUUUGCCCUGCUCUGCAUGGUGUCCAUGCCCUGGGCCGGCGUCUACGUGGGCAUCGUCUUCCAGGGCUUCACCCCGGAGCACUGGUGCCGUGACCCGGCCGUCAGCCAGCAAAGGGACACCUGCGGCUGGAGCCAGCACGACACGCGCAACUACGCCCCGCAGGUGAACUCCUCGACAGGGGUCUUGGAGCGUAGCCAGUGCCUCAGGUACGAUGUGGACUGGAACGCCACGGGCCUCACCUGCGACUACCCGGCGCCACAACUGAGUGAGCAUCAGCUGAGCGCCCUGCCCACCACCGCCUGCAAGGACGGAUGGGAGUACGCCGACUACGAGGGCAGGAGGUCCUUUGUGACGGAGUUUGAUCUGGUGUGUGCAGACGCCUGGCUGGUGGACAUGUACCAGGCUACUCUGAAUGUGGGCUUCCUGGUUGGCAGUAUCGCCAUCGGAUACCUGGCUGACAGGUUCGGACGUAAAAUGAGCUUCUUGAUGUCCAAUCUCAUGAAUGGGAUCGCUGGCAUCAUUGUAGCAGUGGCCCCAAGCUACAGCGCCCUGUUGGUGCUCAGGACCUUGUAUGGCUUUGGAGUGAAGGGAGGCUGGGUGGCAGGAUACGUGCUGAUCACAGAGUUGGUGGGGGUGGAGUACCGUAGGACGGUGGGCGUGCUCUACCAGAUGUUCUUCAGCGUGGGCAUCCUCUUACUCCCGCUCAUCGCAUAUUACAUCGUCGACUGGCGCUGGCUGCAAGUGGUCAUCACCGUGCCUUACAUCAUCUUCCUCUCAUACUACUGGUUUAUUCCUGAAUCUCCAAGAUGGCUCCUCUCCCAGAACAACUCUAAAAAAGCUAUCGAGAUAACAGAAGCCAUGGCCAAAGAGAAUGGGAGGACUCUCUCCAAAAACAUUGAGAACCUAAAGGAUGACAACGUCGUCACGGUCUCCGCCACCUUCAUGGACCUAAUCAGGACACCGAAGAUGAGAAAGCACACCUUCAUCCUCUCCUUUAACUGGUUCACGAGUGCCGUGGUUUACCAGGGUCUGAUCAUGCGACUGGGGAUUCUGGGAGGAAACGUCUACAUUGACUUCCUCAUCUCCGGCUUGGUGGAGUUCCCCGCCGCCUUCCUCAUCCUCUUCACCAUCGAGCGCAUCGGCCGGAGGAUCCCAUUCGCCACCGCAAACAUUGUGGCUGGAGCAGCGUGCCUCAUCACAGCCUUUAUUCCAGAGCACAUGUUUUGGCCUAGGACAGCGGUGGCUUGCAUAGGACGUCUUGGGAUCACAAUGACCUUUGAGAUGGUGGUGUUUGUGAACACAGAGCUGUACCCUACUUUUGUCAGGAACCUGGGGGUGUCUGUGUGUUCCACAUUGUGUGACGUUGGAGGUAUCGUGGCUCCUUUCCUGCUCUACCGACUGGCUGUUAUCUGGCUGGAGCUGCCACUCAUCAUAUUUGGGGUCAUUGCUUUUGUGGCUGGAGGUCUGGUCCUGCUGCUGCCUGAGACGAGAGGUGUUCCACUCCCUGAGACCAUCGACGACAUCGAGAACCCCAAGAGAAAUAAAGAAGAACCUUUGAACACUCAGCAGAUGGAGAACCUUCUCCCCUCUGAUGUGACGACCAAAAAAGAGCCAGUGGAUGUUUAAAUAUGACAAAUGUAAGACGCUACCUGUCACCCUGAGGCAUAUAAGAGAAAAUAGUGACCUGUUUUGCUGCUAUGUGCCCCCUAAAAAAACACUGGCCCUACCUCGGCCCCACUGGUAAUUUUGUUCUAGAACCACCAUUCCCUUGAUGAUGGUCCCAAAAGCAGGUUCAUAGUCCUGUGAAUGUGAAGUCAAAUGGUGCAUACCAGAACCAAUCCCAACUAAUAGGAGAUCGCACUUAUCCUACCUGCAUAUUUCACUGGGAGUUCUACAACCAUAGCAACCACCGCGGUUUAACUGACUUUAGCAAGGUGUUUUGAUACGAGCCAAUAUAACCAUAGCUAUUAUUUCUAGUGUAUGUUACAUUUAUGUUGACACAAUACCAUACUAUAACAUGAAGAUGCUGAUUUAAAAUUACUUUAAGUGUCUGGAACAACCGCACACAAGAGAAAUAAAGUUCCACUUAUUUAUUGACACUUUACACGAUGGCUCCAUAGGCUGCGGCACCACCAUUAUCCUCCGACUCCAAUUUGGGUAACACUUUACUUGACGCCGGCAUCAUAUGUAUGACAUAACGGUGUCAUAACGUUGUCAUAAUGCAGUCAUGAAUCUGUCACAAACAUUAUGUCAAUGUCAUAAACAUUUUAUGACUUUGUCUUUAAGUGAAAUUCGGUUAUGACAGGGCGACAGGGCGAACAAUGUGAACUUUUCAUGGCCAUAAAACGUUUAUGACAUUGGCAUUAUGUUUAUGACUCGUUCAUGACACUAUUAUGACACUGUUAUGACACUGUUAUGUCAUACGUAUGACGCCGGCAUCAAGUAAAGUGUUACCCCAAUGUGUUUAGGUGGUAAUAGUGUGAGUUCCCUCCACUUCGCUAGUAGGAGGUUCCACUUCGACUGGCGUUCCAUUUUUCAUAGUAGGAGGUAGGAUAAGUGUGAUAUCCCACUAGUCUACAAAAGCAUGUGUUCAGCCUCUUUGUUACUCCAUUCUUCCAGUGAAAUCAGUAUUCAUGAAGGUUUGAGUUUACUUCAUCUUCAUCAGUCAUUACAUAACACAGCUGGACUGCUGGAAGUUUGGCAUGUUGUGGAGGAGCAAAAUUCCACAUCUGUAUUAUAAUUUGUGGAAAAAAAUGUUUUUGUUUUUUUUUCAUUUUUGCUUGUUUGUUUGAAUGUUUGUAGACUUUAAUGACUAAUUUAUUUAAUAUAGUUUCCUGAUGAUGGACUUCAUUCAUAGUAUUGUGUUUUACUAAGUGCAUUAAAGUAUUUCAAAUGUUCUGAA